UGAGAAGCCGCCAUUGUUACAAAAAUUGUGGUGCGUGGACAUUCAAUAAUAAGUUAAAUCAUAUUGUGGUUGUUGAUCUUUAGUUGUUCUUACAGACUGUUUCUUACUAUCUCACAAACUGAUAUCAAAAAUAGUUUUGAGUCUAGCUCUGCCUAUUGGAUUUCUCAUCUGUUCCAUUGGGGAAUGUCUGCUAGCGUUGAUCAGCGCAUGAAAGGACAAGGCAGCUCGGUAGCAAAUGGACCUAAAGACAUGGUGAAGGAUGAAGAGUUUGAAUCCUGGAGAAACCAGCCUCACCAGACUUACAAUCCACCAAUGUCCUCAUCUAGUUUGCCAGAUCCAUACAUGCCUAGUUACUAUGCUUCCAUGUCAUACUCUUUUGUCAAUCAAGGACUGGGUGAAGGUGCUUGGAGCAAUGGAGGUGAUCCUAUGACUUUCUUGGGUGGCUAUGGAGGCCAAAUGGGAAGUGGUGAUCAGUCCCACUACAUGGACGGCAUGUUUGGACAAAACAGCUUCAGUGGCUACAAUCAGAGCUUCAAUUACUUUCCUAGUGGUACAGGAGGAGAUUAUUCAACAUGGGGAAGCUCUGCAAUGGGUACACGGAAAACUGGACAUGGCACGUAUCCAGAGGAGUAUUACACAAGAGACACAUAUGAUCAAGGCAUUGAUAGAAAUGCAUUAAAACAUAUGGAACAAGGAAUGGGUGGACUUUCCAUUGCUGAUCAUAAGAAUGACUCCCAAUUUGUCAAAGAUCCAUAUGCAAAACCAGGCAUGUUGCAUGGUAGUAUUAUGACAGAACACCCAUUAGGCAAAAAAUUUGGUACUGGUGCAACUGAUAACAUUGUUAUGACUGGUGCACCAGGUGUUUCUGGACAACCUGUUGGUUCCAAGAAAAUGUCUUGGGCAACUGUCGCAAGCCAGCCUGCAAAACCUCAAGCUAAAGUUAAACCAAAACCUGUACCUUCAACAGCUAUCCUAUCAGGUGGUUCAAAACAUAAUACUUCAAGCAUGGAUAUUGGGACUUGGGAGAGUAAAAAUGGUAAUGGUGCAGGUAAUGGAACUGGUGGUGGUGGUAAAAUGGGUCCUCCUCCUGCUUUGCAAUCACGUUCUGCUCCUAAUUGGAAUGCACCACGUGGCAAUAGGAAUAAUGGACCAUCUGGACCUGGCUACAAUUCCCCACCUCAGCAACAACAGCAGCAACAGCAACAAAUAACUGUUGCACAGAACGCUUCAACUGGUGGUGACAAUUAUCCUCAGCACCCUGUUUUAGACAAAUUACGUAUGGAAAAUAAUUACAAUCCUAAAGAAUUUGAUUUAAAUCCAAAAAACAUUAGAUUUUUUAUUAUCAAGUCGUAUUCCGAAGACGACAUUCAUCGUUCGAUCAAGUACUCUAUUUGGUGUUCUACCGAACAUGGAAAUAAGAGAUUGGACCAAGCUUUUCGUGAAGCCAAGGGACUGGUUUAUCUCUUUUAUAGUGUGAAUGGUUCAGGGCAUUUUUGUGGAAUGGCACAAAUGGUAUCUCCUGUGGACUAUGGUAGUACUGCAAAUGUUUGGGCACAGGACAAGUGGAAAGGACAGUUCAAAGUGAAAUGGAUCUACGUGAAAGACGUUCCCAACUCUCAGUUGCGUCAUAUUCGUUUGGAGAACAAUGAAAAUAAGCCAGUUACCAAUUCAAGAGACACACAAGAGGUGCCUCCAGAAAAAGGAAAGCAGGUUUUGAAAAUAAUGCAUACUUUUCGUCACACUACUUCUAUAUUUGACGAUUUCCUUCAUUAUGAAAAAAGGCAAGAGGAAGAUGAGCAACGUAAAACCCAGUAAUCAAGUAAUGCAUUUCUUUUUGGAUGAGAGGAACUUUUUAUCAAGUCAAGACCCUCAGCGGAAGAAAAUUAGUAUUCAGCACUGUCUAGUGUCUGUGGCCUGCGUCCAUUGUUCCUCUGCUAAACUUUUCUUGUGACUAAAAGAAUUGAGCCUCUUUACCAAGCCAGAUAGUUAAUCGUCAUUCGCUGUGACUUAUUCAUACUAGUUCCUCAAACUUCAGUAGCUCCUUGCUUCUCUGUAUCAUCACCUUCGGCUACCUAAUUCGCCUGCCCUUCUUAGAAAGCUUAUAAUUCUAUGGCACUCCCCAGUUGUGGAAGAAAAAUCAAGUGGAACAACUGCAGAAAGAAUUUUUAAUUUCUGAAGACUUAUGGGUUGCAAUUUUUCCAAUCUUCUUCAAGUGCUCGAGGGAGCAGAGUUCCUUCGACGACAUUGGACGACAAGAGAAAUAUUUCUUUAAAUCACCUCUCGAAUAAAAAUACAAAAAACAAAGUGAAAACUCUCCUAUUAGAAUACCAGUGAUGCGCGGACUUCAGUGUGGACCUAGCUAACUCCCAAACUAUUUAAAAAAAAAACUUCUUAAAAAUUAAAACUGAAAUAAAUUAUCGGCGGUCUCACGGUUGAAAGAUUGAAUGGGGGAACUGACCGUCCAUUGCAAUCAAGAUUUGUUUUGUUAUAAUUUCUUGUUGCUCGCAUGAACUGACCAAAUCUGGCUCGGAGCUCAGUCCGGUGGCCAAAACGACGUUUUACUAUCAUCCACAAUAGAUCAUAUUCAAAAAUGGAUUUAAAAAUAUUUGAAAGCAAAAGAUUAUAUAUAUACAUAUAUAUAUACACACACCAAUCCCCUUAUUAAAAAUCAUCUGUUGAAAAAAAAGGUUCCACUUUGGGGAAAGUGAUGCAACGCUUUAUCAAAAAGUGCAAUCAAGAUCUGUUAACAGAUUUUUUAAAGAGGGCAUGGCAAACGCACUGAUGGCUAGGCAAGUGCCUAUUUUUCAUUUCUGUUAAGAUGCAUUCUCCAUGUGACAUUUUUUAUGUACAUGAAAGUUUAAAGAAAUAUAGAAUAUCUAGGAUGUAAAAAAAACUAUAUUUAAAUUCCUAUUGUGUAAAUUUGCUUUCUAAUUUUGUUAUAAAAUGCAGCAUGCCGACUGUUCUCGUAGGUACUUGUGUCAAGUACUCUGUAAUGUCUGAUAUUUCCAAAAUAUCUGUUUAUUGCUCAGAAAGCUUGGGUUUAAAUUAAUGUAUAUUAUGUGUAUAGGGUAAUAUAUCAAAUUAAAAAAAGUAUUGAUAUAAAUUAUUGGUGUACAGUGCUUAGAAAUUAUCUUUAAAAAAUUUGAAGCUAAUUGAUUGCCGAUAUUCAGUCAUAAUGCAGAUUAAGUUUUAAGAAAUGCACUUUAAGAGAUUUUGUCUGGUUUUAACAUCAAACCUUCAAUGCUUACAUUGAGUAUGUCCAAGCAUUUAUUAAAAUGUUAUCUUCCUGACUGAUUUUGAUGUAUUCUCAUUGCAAUAUGAGUGUGCCAUUUGAUGUGAAUUGAUACCAUUAUUUGUGUCGCAGAAGUGAUGGCACAAGUAGGUUCAGGGGUGAAGGAUUUAAUCUUAUGACGGAUUUCGGACAAGGUGAUAGGGAACAAGAUAAAAAGUUAAAAAAUAAUAUGAUAGAGUUAAAUAUGAAAAAAAUACAAUACUUGAAUGAACUCUUUUUUUUUUAGUUUGUGCGAUUUUAAUCAUGAUAAAAAAUUAAUUAUUCUUGAUUAAAAUUUUGCUAUAAUUUUAUUUCUUAAUCAAUUAUUGUUGUUUUUCAAUGUGGUAAUUUAUAUUUUCUAUUUUGGAAAAAAUUUUGUAGAAUUUUUUUUAAAUUUUUAUGUAUGAAGCUCUGUAUUCAAUCCUUUUAUUUACAUAAAAAUUAAGUUUGGAACACGCCCCCCUUUUUAUUUUGAAAAUUGCCUCCUUUUGGUAUCUUGCUGACUUUCACCCCUUAUUUAAGAUUGUGUCAUUACUUUUUAUAGUAAAAGAAAGUUUGACUGGGCUUCUCAGUAUCUGGGCAUAUGUAAUGUAAGGAUUUCAGAGGUGGUGUUAAAUCAUCCUUGAAGUCUCUUAAAGUGUGUAUUUUUUAAACUUAUCCUGUUUUUAAAAGGAGCUAUUUAUACAAAUUACAAUAAAACUUGAAACAUUAGGGUAAGAAGUAGAUCUUCUUUUUUUUUCUCUCCUGAGUUCCUCUGCCAUUCAGCCUAAGUUGGUGCAUUUAAGUUCGCUUUUUGAUUUCUGGCUCAAUAUAUUUCUUUUGGGUUUUUUUUAAAAGUUUUUUUUUUUUUUGUAGUUCUUAGAAGUAUAAUUAUUUAAAUGUUAUAUUUAUAAAAUAAAUAUACAUGAAAACUUAUGCUUUGACAUCUCCCCUUUUUUUUUCAGGCGCACUUGAAUUUUUGGUUUCAAACUGAUGUUCUUUUUAAUUUUUAACUGAUUUUUCUGAAAUUUGUUUUUGAAUGUAAUAGUAUUGCUGUUAAAGUUUUUGCCUAAAAAAAGCCAAAGGUUUUUAGGAUUUUAGUGCUGAAAAUUUCUUUAUAAUUUAAUUAACUUUGGUUUUAAGAUACAUCUUUAUUUUAAAUUGAAUAUUAUUUCUGAUUCAUACAAUGUUAAUUAGUGUUAUCCAAGGGGAAAAAAUGCAUACUUUAUAUAUUUCUAGUUAGGGCUUAAGGUUUUUAAUACUUCUGAUUGUACUGCAUUUGAUUAUACAUACUGGUUAUGUGCUUUUUUAUUUAAUAGUUUAUAUAUGGCCAAUUGUCAAAUAUAUAUUUGUUCUAAUGGAAAUAAUUUCAAGUGUUAGCAUACAUAGACAUUCUUGCUGCUUCAAUUUGAUCACUCUCAUUAGUGUAAUUUUCCAUUAAUAUGGACAUAUUAAUUUUAUAUAUAGGUAAAUAUUUUACAAUAAAGUUAUAAAAAUGAAACAUUAAUUUGCAAAUUUUCUUGUGUGCCUAUGCCAUGCCAGUAUGUUUUUUCAUGAGAAAGGUACUUGCCUUUUUAAAAAAUUUUUUAAUUCUGCGACUUAACAAAUGGCGCCUAGCAUCAUAUUAUCUGGGUUUAAAAUAAAGAAUGAUGGUGUUAUGGAAAAAUAAAAUUUGAUUAGCAGUG